AUGGCGCCGGACGCUACAGCGACUUACACCAACCGGAUUGAUGCUAGGGCCAGCUUGCAGUUGGAUGGAGUCGGUGACGGCUCUACACACGAUGUUAAUGGGUUACCCUGCCAAUAUACCCCUCACAGCGCUCGGAAAAGCGAUCAUUUUGCGAUGGCGUCCGACAAAGUGGUAGGAAUGGUAUUUGAGCACUCAGAGGAGGCCCCUCAUACACCGGGCCGUCGCACGACUUCAAGAACGUCCCUGGUGGAUGUCUCUGAAGGAUCCGCAGCCCCUUCCACGCUCACUGAGUGGUCGCGGGACACAUCACCUAGCAGGGACCACGACAAGAAUCCGGAGCGCGUUUUGAGAUUAUCUCCGGCCAAGAUGCAGGAACUCACAUCUUCACCGCAGUCUAUCCCUUACCGCGCAGCGCCACCAGAGCAACCCGACCGUGGCCGACGGGCAGUAUCGGAUGGAACGCAUGCAGCAGCCUCGUCGUCCGAAUCGGUAGAGCCUAGGACGCUACCGUCUGUGGAAGAAACAAAAUUAUCCUCCGACCAUAUACCUAAACUCCGUUUGCCAAAAGAGCUUUCCAUUGACACCUCGGCUUCAACAACUGGGAGGAUACCCACGUCAUCCUCUUCGCGCAGUCGACCGCAGGCCUCACGGGCUGUGUCAACACCUAGCUCACGGCGACAGACCUUGCCGGCGACGAAUGACCGGCUGGCCCAGACAUGGGCGUCUCGAACAAAGCAGGAUCGUCUUCCGAUCGCUCGAGAAGCAGAUUCGAAACAUCUUGAACCGUCUCCGCAGAUGAAGGAACAGGCCUUGCCUUCGCCAAUGCCGCCCAAUAUACCUCUGCCACCUCUAUCUGUUCCCACCUAUCUUCAGUUGGAGCUGGCGUCAGGGCGGCCAUCACCGCUGUACAUCCACCGCUCUGCAAUGUCCGACUUUCCUUAUGAAUCAUCACGAGUCAAGCUUGAACGCCUGAUGAAUUUCCUGAUGCUUCCGCCAGCGGUGGAGCAGGUACUCUGGUUUGGCAUAUUGGCAUGUCUGGAUGCGUGGCUGCAUUCUUUCACUAUCCUCCCGCUCCGGUUUCUGAAGGCUCUGUACAUACUAAUCGAGUCAUGGAUCUUGAACCUAGGGGUGGAAUUCCGAUAUGUGUCUGGCUUUGUGAUCAAAGGGGUGGGCCGGGUGUGGCGGAGACGCAACAGGACCGUAUCGAUCGACGAACCACCUCGUGGCUCUGACGUGGGACGCCCGCACAAAGGUGAAACAGCACCCGGGGAGCGAGAUCCCCCCGCAAAGGCAACCGAGUCUCGAAAGAGGCACCGAUCUCAUGGACAUCGACUCCAACAUCGCCGGCAGAAGAGCAUCCCGUCAGCGCUCAUGCCCGAUGACAAGGCCGACAUUCUCAAGGGAUUACUCAUGAUUGCUACCUGCUGCGUUCUUAUGCGCUUCGAUGCGAGUCGAAUGUACCACUGGAUUAGGGGCCAGGCAGCUAUCAAGCUCUAUGUAAUUUACAACGUCCUAGAGGUCAGUGAUCGACUGUUUGGCGCCAUUGGUCAAGAUGUGCUUGAGUGCCUAUUCUCGCGAGAGGCGCUCGAGCGGCGACCCGACGGCCGCAGCAAGAUAUUUCGGCCAUUUGGGCUCUUCUUGCUGGCGCUGGCCUAUACGGUCAUCCAUUCCACAGCAUUGUUCUACCAGGUGAUGACGCUGAACGUUGCAGUCAACUCUUACUCUAACGCGCUGAUUACCCUGUUGCUCUCCAAUCAAUUCGUCGAAAUCAAAUCCACGGUCUUCAAGAAGUUCGAGAAGGAGAACCUCUUUCAACUGACCUGCGCGGACGUAGUGGAGCGGUUCCAAUUAUGGCUCAUGCUGACUAUCAUCGCAUCGCGCAACAUCGUCGAAACCGGGGCCUUCAACAUCUUCAGUUCUCUGGGAUCCAGCUUCACAUCGACCAGCACCAACAGCACCCCACUAACGACUCCGCCACGAACAUCUUCAUCCAUCCUUCCCCAAUCCUUCACAAUCGUCCCGUCAUCGAUCAUUGCCUCCUUCAGCCAGGCCAACUCCUAUCUCCCGACGUUGGCGCAAGUGCUGGGCCCCUUCCUCGUCGUCUUGGGCUCUGAGAUGCUAGUCGACUGGCUCAAGCACGCGUACAUCAACAAGUUCAACAACACUCGCCCGGCCAUCUACGGCCGCUUCCUCGAUAUCCUGGCCAAAGACUACUACACGAACGCGUUCGCAGACCAGAACCUCAUGCGCCGGCUGGGGCUGCCCGUGAUCCCGCUAUCCUGCCUUUUCUUCCGCGUCAGCGUGCAGACCUACCAGAUGUUCAUCGCCGCCCUGCUGCCCCAACCGCCCGCCUCUUCCACCGCAGUGGAAUCCACCUCCCUCUCCGCCAUCCACAGCCAAUACGUCCCCGCCCCGAUGCCCUCUCCGCCCCCGCUCACUUUUCAGAACUUCAUCCCCACCUCCACCGCUUACGCCGGGGCCUGGUUCCGCCAGAUGCUCGCCAAUACCAUGCCGACCCCAGCCUCAUCCGUCUACAUUUUUACCAUAGUCCUCAUUCUGACUGGCUAUGUCGUCCUCCUCAUCCUCAAGUUGCUGCUGGGCAUGCUCCUCCUCGCGCUCGCGCGCUCCCGGUACAGGGCCAUGAAGCUGCGCGAGGUCGAGCACAACCACCCCGCCAUCUCAGCCUUGACCUCCUCGUCCACAGCAGCAGGAGGAGCAGCAGCAGCAGCAGCAGCAUCAGCAACAGUCCAACCCCGCCCCCGCGACUUUGCUGUCGAGGGCAGCCGUCGCGUCGGAGGAUGGGGCGUCGUCGAGGUGAACGACGACCACCGCCGGUGGAUCUACGCGGAUGACCCGGACGGACUCCGCAAGCUGAAAGCGAAGGAAGAGAAGGACGCCAAGUCCGGCGGGAAGGAGGAGUUGCACCUCGAUCAUGUGCAGCGGUACGAGAUGGUUGCCAAGCGCAUUUGGUGA